AGCUGUCGUCGAGGUUUCUAUGCAUUAUAUAUUUUUGAAUACAUAGUGUAACACACGGUCGGCUUUGUGGUGGCUCCUGAACAUACCAGAGUGACAACGUUCAAAAUUUAAAUUUCUCAAAUUGUCAAACUUUACAAUGUGAAAAAUGAUUUUAAGCAAUUUUCGAAUAAAAAAACACUAAGUUAUUGAAAAGAAAUGUAUUGCAAAAUCGUCGUACUUUUCUAUUGCGUCCUGACCAUUGGAUUACUUCCAGUUACGUUCGCUGACAUGGAAGAUACGAGCGAUGAGGGUGGAAGAUAUCAAGAAAGUAAAUCUUCCCAACAGAAUGAAUCCAUAAGUGCAGGUCCUCCAGAUUCCCACGAAGCCAUGAACUAUCGUGAAACCGAUUUAUUGACAAGGAACAAAAGAGAUAAUUUGUUAAAUGACGACAACACGGAUUAUGCAAAAUUAAUCAAGACUCGACAUUUAGAUCAGGACGAUUCUUCGAACGUUACAGCAAGCGAACUUCUUCUCGAGCUGAUGAUUAAAAUUGCCGCUCAUCCUGAGCAGUGGAACAAAGUCCAUAAUUUAUUAGGAAAUAUUAACAAUGACAUAUUAAUGUCUGAAAAGCUGUUAGAAAACCUACAGAAGGCCAAGACCAAACCAGAACCGGAUGCAAAAUCGGUUGAAAAGAAGCUAAAAGAGAAAAUGAUAAACAAGACAGAGAAUCGUGAAACCGGCGAAUGGACCGAUUUCCAGACUAAAAUGAAAGAUAAGUUAGGGUUUUUAAACACAAUUCCGCCUGAUAGUUAUCAUUUGCGAAAUAACCAAUACAAGCCCAUUCCCAAAACAUUUGCAUAUCAAAGAGUCACGGGAAGACCGAUGUAUCUUCAGAAGAAUCCCAAAGCUUAUAUCGCUGUUUCGGUCAUAGCACCCAAAUAUAUCAAUUCGGGGACGAAAGACGAAGAUUUGAUUUUAGAGAAAGAGUUGCGGCAAUUGAAACCGUGGACACAUGACCAGAAUUUGAAAAAUAUGGCUUCGAUCAGAUCUAGAUGGGUCAUCCAGAGGGAGGAUACGAAGAAACCAGUUGUACCAUAG